CAAAUAAAAUGAGUUCUAAAAAAGAAAUAUAUAAUAACGCACAAGGAGGAAAUUCAAACAUGUCUCCUCGUCGCCUUAGAUAUUUGGAAAUACAAAGAAAUCUUUAUAAUGAUAUUGAUGGAAAACAAGAAUUAUAUUUUCGAAAACUAUCAGAUAAAUCAAAUAAUAAAAAUGAUAAACCUUAUGAAUAUCCAAAUAAGAAAAAUUUAUUCACCAGUCCAUCUUCAUUGAAUAAAAUAAAAGAUACAUAUUUAGAUAAUUUAAAAAAUGGUUGUGUCGGAAGUGCUGCUACAUGUGCAGUUUCAUCUAUAAUUACAGGAAGUUGUGGUAUUGCUGCUACUCCUCUUGCUGCUGCUCCUACUCCUCUUGCUGCUGCUGCUGCUACUCCUCUUGCUGCUGCUGCUGCUUCUUAUUCUGCUGCAGCUGCUAAAAUAGCUGCUGCUUUUGGUGCCUCUUUGGGAACUUUUAGCCCUUAUGGUAUAGCAGCUUUGGUCUUAAUUAUAAUAGCCCUUGUACUUAUAAUAUUAUAUAUAUGGUUGUAUAGAAGAAGAAAAACUUCCUGGAAACAUGAAUGCAAGAACCAUUUAUGUACAUAA